AUGUCCCAGACCACAUUUCUGGAGUCUGUGGUCAGCUGGAAUGAAGAACAAUGCCAGCAGAAUUUGGAAGAGGCCCUGCCCAAACUUGUUACCUAUUGUCAUGAUGCACAGGGAAUACAGGAACAAGUUGGAAUAUUAAAAAUCAUUUGUCAAUCCUUCCUUCCCUGUGUUGAUGUUCUGGAAGCAGAGUGGCGGGUUUAUAGCCAGAUAGUAUCAAAGAUAUGUGAUACAUUUGAUAAUAUCUUAGAGACAGUACAGAAUCUUUUGGGUCAGAACAAGCAGGACCUUGACAGUGUCCAGGAGGACAUUCUCACUUAUCUACAGUUGCUACUAGAGAUUGUGGACUGCUGUGAAACAUGUGUAAGGUUUUCCCAGAGUUCCCAGGUAGCUCUGUGUUGGAGUCAUGUGCACUCACUUCCUGUUGGAACUCUCCACAUUCUGAAGGGUACAUACAGUCACUGUAAGGAAAGUACAGAUGUUUAUGGGGACUACCUCCCAAGUGUGACUGACCCUCUGUCACUUCUGUUUAGAAAGGCUCACAGUCUACAGGUGGUGUUCCUCAGUCUCCUUGACAAAAUCUCCAUUGACACUGACUCUGUUGAAGAAGAUGCCAGAGAUCUCUGUUAUGUGUGCCAUGGCUUGUUUGAGGUGUGUCAGAUUGUCACAGCGUUGGACAUGAAGUUAGUGGUCAACCUGUGGAAAGCUAUAUCUAGACAUGCUGGACAGAAGAAGGAGAUUCUGCGAGACAGACUGGAGAUAAAUAACCUCCUCAUUUAUUUGUGUGGAGAGAUAAAAACCGGAUAUUCGUAUCUAUUUCAACUCCUGCCACGCACUGAUCCUGAUGGAAUGGUGCUGUCCCAGGGUGAUGAACGUGGGUUCCAGAAGUCGGUGAAGAUUGUGGGGUUCCAGAUGAAGGUCCUGGUUAUGAUGGCACGAGACUAUAUCCAAAGUCUCUCUGAGGCUGCCAAUGCAAUCUACAGACUUAUCCUGCAUCUACUUAGAUAUGUGCAGCCAAGUGUCCAUGCAAUACCUCUCCAAGAGAGCCACAGUCAGGAGAUCCACAGACACCUUAUCAAUGCCACCGAGCCACUGGUAGCAAGUCUGGUGUUCAAUCGUACAUUUCUGGAGUGUUUAACUCAAAGUGAACCAGAGUUAGAGGAAGAGGAGAAAUUUGCUCACUUACAGGUGUUGAUGAGUGUGAUGGAACAAUUCCCCAAAACUACAGAGGAGAUGAAGGAUCUGUGCCUGAUGGAUGGAGUAAGUGCGGACAGAGAUGAUCUUCUCACUUCAGUCUUCAAGGCAGCUCACCAGUGUUAUGUAGAGAUGUUACUACCAGUGUAUAUACCCACCCCUGUUUGUGGUGGUGAACCACAGGGAUGUGUAAGCCUCUAUGAGUUCCUGUGUACACGUAUGUGUGGAUUAGCGGGGACAUAUUCUGUUAACAGAUUUCCUGUACUGGAGCGUGUACUGAUACAAUGGCUGUUGUCUAGAAGUCCUGUGUGUGCUCCUCUAGCUGCUGAUGUCUGGUGUUUCAUAGCCAGGUAUGGAAGUGCUGAUAUGUGUUACAGCCAUAUCACUGUUCUGCUGGAGCUUUGUCAAAAUAUCAAGGGACACAACUCUGAUUUACACUCAAUUCUCUCCCUUGUGUAUAGACUGUCCAAGUUCUUGUCUCCUGAACACCAGAAUGCCCUUGUAAGGCAGUUUCCACCCUGUGACGACCUUACCUUGUGGUGUUUACUCCCUGUGACCAUGUUACCAAGUGACCGGGUCCGUGACAUCACAGUCAGUAUGACAUCACUAUGUCUACAACACAUGGAAAGCUUUAUCAAUACUCCAGAUGUCACAUGUCAUCACACUGAGUUAUUAAUUUGUAGUUUGACCUACCUGAUCAACACACAGACAUGUCCUAAAGAUUGGGGGAAGUUCAUUGAUCACCAGGUGCAGUCUUCCCUGGUGAAGUGUGUACAGAAGUUGUGGCAGGACGUGUUUGUGUCUGACUGGAUGUGUAUUCCCCAAACUCAGCUCUGCCUCGGAAAACUUCUGCAGUACUCUGGGCAGCUGGUGAACGAGUUUACCAACUCAGACCUGCUCAAGAUAUUUUCUGUGAUGAAAUCAUGCCUUGGGCAAAACCCAUCAGAUUGUCUUAAGUUCUCAAUGGUAGAUUUCCUUAAGAAAUUUGGAAAAGUCAAACUAGGUGCAGAUUUUGAGCAAAGUCAAGUUCUACAGAAAGCGUCUACAGUCUUUAGAGAAUUGAUGACCGACACCUGCUGUCUUGUUCAUCACUGGAGUGUCGAGGCCUUCACACAUUUUGCAGAAGACACCGUUCAUGAGACGGUUGUACCAGAUUGUAUGGCACAGGACAACAGACUUGAGGACUGUGUAGUAGCCUACCUCAACAAGGUACCAUUUGUUGCCCAGAAAGGUAGCCUUACCUCUGUAGAGUGUAUCCAGGUGCUGUGGAAACAAGCAGAGAGACACCAGUCAUCACUAGAUGACACACAACCAUUAAAGAAGAAAGCUAGGACAUCAUCCCCUGUUGUUGGUCCAGUGAAGACCCCCAAUUCCAGUCUUUAUCAGGAGGUAUUGGACACACUGAGGAUCUGUGUACAGGAAUUGGAGCAGACUUGUACAAAUAAAUCUGCUGUAGCACCACAAGGUUUUCAUCCGUCCAGUAUAGACAAUGCUGGCAGCACAAUGAUGACAGAUAAUGACAACAUCCACGAUAGAUUGAAGCCUAGUGAUAACAAGUUUCGUGACAGAGCUACAGCCAGUGAUGACAAGAAGUCUAGGAACACAGCUACAGCUAGUAUGGACCAGUAUAGAGACAGCAGAUCUAGCGUUGAUCUGUCCCCGCAUCUUGUAGCUCACCUACAGCUGGCACAACACAAAAUAACUUCUCUCCUUACUGAACAUGGUUAA